GCAGAAGAAGAGAAAAAUAAGGAAACAAACGAGAGAGAUGAGAGACCGUCCCUAGAGAAAGAAAAGGAAACAAAUAUACUCAACCCGAGUCACGUUCUGAGUCGGCUCACCGAGUCUAGCUGUCGAGUGGGAAGGAGCAGCGAAAUCCCGUAUAACCGAUAAAAAAGGGAUCUUUGGAUUUUUUUCUUUUUUUUCCUUUUUUUGUAUGUGUGUGUGUGGGUUGGUGUUGAAAUAGCAAAAAAAUGGUGAACGAGGAGAUAAUUAGUCUCUCACCUCUUUACUACUCUUCUUCUUCCGCUGUCUUAAUUCUUAUCCCCGACUCUUUCCCUAACCCUAAUUCUUCAAGGAUUCAAUUCUCGAUCUCUACUUAUGGGUUUUCCUUUUAUCAUCAUCUCUAUCCUCCCAAUCUGUCGCCUCCACCUUUGCUGAGCAGUCUAGGACGCUGAAUGAGAUUCCUUUUUUGAUCCUAUUCUUUGCUCAAUCGUACGCUGCUCGUGUCUCUCCUUGUUAUUCUGCUGCGUCAGUAACACAUUACAUAUUUCUGCUUCUUCUCAGUUUCCGCAGUUCACCAGUUAAUCUUCAAGUUAAGUAAUCUGUUAAGAGCGAGGAAAGUGUAUAUGCCUGUAUAUACCCUACAAUGGAAGAUACUGGUGGUGUUCAUUAUGAUGGUAUGAAGAAUAUGGUGAGGAAGAAACGUAGCCAGACUUGUCGUCGUCCUCGCCCUGAGGGAUUGAAUCUUUCAGAUAGUUUCAGCAAGAUCUCAAGUGAUGAUAUACCGGCAUUUGAUACUAACCCUAGAAGGAAGGAGUUUAGUCUUAGCCAUUGUAUAUCAAGGUCUGAAUCUAUCGCAGAAUCCGAAAGAGGAAACAAUGAUUCUCGGCGGAGAGAGAUCAUCAACAGAAAUAAACGUUCGACUGAAGGUGUACUUGCACCUGCCAGCUGGAAAAAUACAAGCCGCCAAGAUGGAAGUAAUGGCAUUAUCAAUGGAAAGGGAACUGAUUUGGGUGAGCUAGUAGAGGGUGAAACUAAGAAAAUGAAGCUUAAGAUCGGUGGUGUGACUCGGCUGGUUCAUGCUAAUGGUUCAUCUCGAAAGUCUUCGAAACCGGUGAAUGAUACUACUCGGUCUAACAACGAUUUGGAGGAAAGCUCAGAUGAUUGUAACUCCCAUCUAGAUAAGAAGGCUGAUCUCGAGGGAGUUACUUGGAAUGCUGAGAAAGACGAAUCUAUGACUGGGAGGAGAAAACAAGGGGAAUCAAGUGGAUCGGUUCGCAAGAGCAAACGAGCCCCAAAGAAGCGGGUUUUUGAUAGCGAUGACGACAACGAUGAUGAGAUCCGAUAUUUGGAAAAACUCAAGUAUAGGAAUGCCUCUGCGUCUAAUGAAGAGACUGAGUCGGGGAGGAGGCAAUUGAAGCCAUCUGGGAUUACCAUUGGGGAAAAUUCUGGUAUGAAGAAAUCUGCAAUUGAAAAGGCGUCCGAAGACAUGGAUUAUGCGGAGGAAUCUGAAUCUCUGCCUGAUGAAAAAGAGAUUGCUAAUGAGACUAAGAGGGAAUCUACUUUGACUAGUCGCCAACGAGCCCUUGCUUCUGCAUCUGGCAGAUCAAGCGCAAUUGAAUUUCCAGAUGGAUUACCUCCAACAACAUCGAGAAGGAAAAAGGAGAAUCUUUCAGAAAUGGAACAGCAACUGAAGAAGGCAGAAGCUGCCCAAAGGCGAAAAGUUCAGAUUGAGAAGGCUGCAAGGGAGUCUGAGGCGGAGGCCAUUAGGAAAAUCCUAGGUCAAGAUUCCAGCAGGAAGAAGCGUGAAGACAAAAUUAAAAAACGACUUGAUGAAUUGGCUCAGGAGAAAGCUGCACACGAGGAAAGGGCCUCGACGAGCUACAUCCGAACAAUAAUGGGUCCUAACGGAACCACUGUCUCAUUUCCCAUUGACAAAGUGCCUAGCCUGUUCGAUCCCGUACCAUCCGGUUAUCCUCCUCCGCGAGAAAAUUGCGCGGGUCCAUCGUGCACCAAUCCUUACAAGUAUCGUGAUUCAAAGACUAAGCUCCCUCUGUGCAGCCUCAAAUGCUACAAGGCGGUUCAGGAGCAACAACAGACCGUACCGGUGCAGGAGCAACAACAGACCGCACCGGUGCAGGAGCAACAACAGACCGCACCGGUUCAGGAGCAACAACAGACCGCACCGGUUCAGGAGCAACAACAGACCGCACCGGUUUAGAUAUUGAUUGAUUUUAUUUUUUCCUAUAGAAAGGAGAAGAUCUUAGCUUCCUGAUUUUAUAGAUACAGAAAGACAAUGCUUUAGUUUUUUACUUUGCUUCAGAGUUGUCUGAUCGGAGACUUCAUUUUUCUUUUGUGACGAGACGAGAUCUUGCCCGUCCAUUGUCUUUUACCAAACCUUCACAUCACAGCCGUUCAUUUAUAGAA